AUGGCUUUGAAGGAGGCGGGCGGCAGCAUCCUGCCCAUCAGCGACAUGGUGUCGGGGCCGUCGGGCUCGCCGUUCCCCGAGGUGGUGGAGCUGAACGUGGGGGGCCAGGUGUACGUGACGAGGCACUCCACGCUGCUCAGCGUCCCAGACAGCACGCUGGCCACCAUGUUCUCCCCCUGCCGGGGCGGCCCGGCGGCGGCCCGGCAGCUGCCCAGGGACAGCCGGGCGCGCUUCUUCAUCGACCGCGACGGCUUCCUCUUCAGGUACGUGCUGGAUUACCUGCGGGACAAGCAGCUGGCGCUGCCCGAGCACUUCCCCGAGAAGGAGCGGCUUCUGCGGGAGGCCGAGUACUUCCAGCUGGGCGACCUGGUGAAGCUGCUCUCGCCCAAGGUCACCAAGCAGAGCUCGCUGAACGACGAGGGCUGCCAGAGCGACCUGGAGGACAGCAACUCGCAGGGCAGCAGCGACCGGCUGCAGCGGGCGGCGCUGGACAAGCGCUCGGGCUUCCUCACCGUGGGCUACCGCGGCUCCUACACCACGGUGCGGGACAACCAGGCGGACGCCAAGUUCCGCCGCGUCGCCCGCAUCAUGGUGUGCGGCAGGAUCGCCCUGGCCAAGGAGGUCUUCGGAGAGACCCUCAACGAGAGCCGCGACCCCGACCGCCCCCCCGAGAAGUACACCUCCCGCUUCUACCUCAAAUUCACCUACCUGGAGCAAGCCUUCGACCGGCUCUCCGAGGCGGGCUUCCACAUGGUGGCUUGCAACUCCACCGGCACCGCCGCCUUCAUCAACCAGUACAGGGACGACAAGAUCUGGAGCAGCUACACCGAGUACAUCUUCUUCAGGCCUCCCCAGCGAACCGUUUCCCCCAAGCAAGACCACGAAGAAAGGAAGCACGACAAAGUCUUGGACAAGGGCAGUGAAAGUGGGACUUCCUGUAACGAGUUGUCCACCUCGAGCUGUGACAGCCACUCGGAAGCGAGCACCCCCCAGGAAAAUGCCACCAGCACUCAGCCAUCCACAGCCCACCAGCCAAAUACUCUGACUUUGGAUCGUCCAUCAAAGAAGGCCCCGGUGCAGUGGAUGCCACCACCAGACAAACGCAGGAACAGUGAACUCUUUCAAACUCUCAUUAGCAAGUCCAGAGAAACAAAUCUUUCCAAAAAGAAGGUAUGUGAGAAGCUGAGUGUUGAGGAAGAAAUGAGAAAAUGUAUCCAAGAUUUUAAGAAAAUCCACAUUCCAGAUUACUUUCCAGAGCGCAAACGUCCCUGGCAGUCUGAACUCUUACAGAAAUAUGGGUUAUAG